UCUCAAACAACAGUCUCCGUCGAAAGUCUUCUGGCCCGCGAUGGCGUUAGUUCUAGAGCGACCACAUGCAUAAGGACCGGGUUGUUCCCAUUACAUAUCUUCAUUCUGCGCGCCAAUUUUAAGGCUGAUAGUGUAUCUGAAUUUCAGGAGUCAGUAACCCACUGCUUCGCGCCGCAUAUGAAACCUUCUAACAAGCCAUCUCCGUGGUUCUCAUUUCGCCCAACCAAGUCCCCAACUCAACUCCUUUAUUUUGAACUCAGAAUGCAGGUGCAUUUUCUUGGCAAAUUGAUAUUCCACCAAUUCGAGAACUCAUUUGAACCGAAACCCUGUUUAGUAUGUUCGUGCAUAGCGCCGACCCAACACCACGGUGGAUCGACAUGAUCUUCGUCUUCCCGAAUGCCACUGUAAAAGACCCAAAUGCGGCUUCUGGUAGACAUGGGUAGGGCUUUCAGUAAGUUAAUAUAAGGAGGACGAGUAUUCUCUCGACUUGAUUCCGUCUCUCUUGGUUUAUCAGACUACCUAUCACAAGUCUUCGUUCAUUCCUUUGAAGCCACCUUCAUCACACUCGUUCUUGCUUUCAUACUUGACUUGAAGUCAAUUCACAUUCGUUACCGCAAGUCGGCCUUCACGAACAGUCUAUAUUUCACGUAUCGCACAUAUAAGCAACCAAGUUCAAUAUGCCUUCUGCACUUAGAUCCAGCUUAUUGGCUGCCAUUGCCGGUGCCGUUUCUGUUUCUGCCCAUGGUCAUGUUACCACUGUGACUAUCGACGGCAAAUCCUAUACAGGAUUCGAUCCCACUUCUGCGCCUUACGCAACUCAGCCGGACAGUAUUACUUGGAGCAACGGGGCUACAGACAACGGCUUCGUGCUCUCGUCGGCGCUCCAAGACCCCGAUAUCAUCUGUCACUUGGACGCUACCAAUGCUGCUUUGUCUGCACCUGUCACCGCCGGUAGCAACGUCUCAAUCACCUGGAACCAAUGGCCGGAUUCUCAUAAGGGACCGGUUAUUGACUAUCUAGCGGACUGCGGUGGUAACUGCUCGAGUGUCGAUAAGACUACUCUCAAGUGGUUUAAGAUAGCGGAAGCAGGUCAGCUCACGCUGGGUGCCGGCAGUGGUACAACCGGCAAGUGGGCCGAUGAUUUAAUAAUCGAGGACAGCCUUACUUGGCAGGUUACUAUUCCCAGCGCCCUUAAGUCUGGAAACUACGUUCUUCGCCACGAAAUCAUUGCUCUACAUGAGGGUGGCACUGAAGGAAAGGCGCAGAUGUAUCCUCAGUGUAUCAACCUCCAGGUUUCUGGGUCCGGUACUCAGUCACCGGAUGGCGUCGUCGGUACACAGCUUUACACCUCUACCGACCCCGGAAUCUUACACAACAUCUACAAUGACGAAAAGCUUACGUCGGUUUCUGAUUACGUGAUUCCCGGACCUGCUUUAGUGAAGUUUGAUGGAUCAUCGUCCAGCAACGGUGGUGCUUCUUCUUCGUCUGCUGCUUCGGCUCAACCCACCACCACCGCUCCUACUGCUACUUCUGCUGCCACUUCUGCUGCCACUUCUUCUAUCGCUACUUCUAGCGCUAGUAGCACUUCUACUGCUGCCGCCAACACUCAGCCGGCUGCCAGCUCACCUGCUGCUUCUUCAACGCCGAAGAAGACUUGCUCCAGCAAGCGUCAUGCUCGGCGCCACGCUCGUCAGCUCAAGAGCCUGUAAGAAGGAGAAUUGAAUUAUACUAGGGAUCAAUCAAGUAGGUGGUGGUUAGGGUUUUAAUUCGCUGUAUAUAUAGGAUGAACUCAAUAUUAUAGUGAAAUUACGAGAUCUUGAGAUAGUAUCAUAAAUAAACUGAAAAUGAAGCAGCUCGUAUAA